AUGGAGCUAUACACAGCCAAGAAACCCUACGGUAAAAUAAAUAAAAUGGUGAAUUUAUUGUCGCAGCUGAUGAUUGCUCUAGGAUUAAUUCUCCUGUCGAGUACGACCACUCUCGGAGGACCAAGUGCUACGGCCAAUACCAAUGUAAACCGAGCAGCGAAUGUAAAUCUGAAUCUUGUGCGGCUUGAGGAUAAAUCUGUAGCUGCUGGUGGUGCCGCUGCUGCUGUUGGGAGCGAUAGCUUUGAUGGUGAAGCCACGGUGCCGGUCCUCUCGCUGGAGGACCAGGUGCGACUGUUGAGCAAGCAGCUCAACACGCUAACCAACCAGCGGCGUGAGGAUUACAAGAUGCUGGAAAAUAAUCUGAAGAAAUACGUUCGCAAAAAUUCGAUCCAGCUAACGAGUGCCGAAAUUCGCGAUGAGCUCGAUCAUUUGAGAGAGGAAAUAAAAGUGCUUCGCGAAAGCAGUUCCCCCAACAAGGAACGCCUAACCGUGCAGUGGCUAUCGCAAUCGAUUGCCGAGAUACGCUCGGAACUGGCCGAACUGCAGGAAUCGUCCAGCAAUGUGUCCAAGGAUGCCCAGCUGAAAAACCAACUGAUGGAGGAUAUCAAUACGUUGCGGGCGGACUAUUCCACGAUGCGGCUCGAGCUGGAAUCACUCAAAUCGCGACAGGAGAAAACCGAGGUCCUGGUACGGGAACUGCGCGAAGAAGCGGUUCAGAGUGCCGACGAUAUCCGGCGCAGCUUGAACCGACAGCGAGAGAAGAGUGUCGUCGCACAGGUGCCGCAGACAAUUGAUUUUGUCGAGCCGGAAGCCGAUCACCGGAUGCGCCAUCAUCGCUUUUUCCGCCAGCAGCUACACGAGCUCGAGGUGAAACAGACAGCAAUGAAGCGACAGCUAAGUGACAUUUUCAACCACCGGAUGGCCGAUCGGUUGCGCAGUUUGGAAAUUGAGCAGCGCAGGUUGGCGAAUGCAAACUUCAACAUUAGCAGGCAGGUGGCCAGUCUGGACAAACUGCACGGCUCUAUGCUCGAGCUGCUGGAGGACGUCGAGGGAAUUCAGAACAAAUUCGAAAAAACGCUGCCGGACAUCAAGCGGGAAAUCUCAAAGAUGGAAUUCAAUGCAGCGCAAAUUUCCUCGGAACAGGGUUUGCUACGGGAAGAAGGUCAUAAUAUCGCGAAAAGCAUUCAGGCAAUGGCAGUUAGCGUAAGCACCUUGCAGGAUGAACGGGAAAAUGUUCGCAAACUGGAGGAACAAAUCCAGGUGAUGAAACGAGACCUCGACAAAAUCAAAUCGGCAGCUUUGCUUCACCGCGAAAUGGCUCACAAUCGGCUGGAGAAGUUGGAAGCCGAAUCUCGAACGGAUUACAACGCCUCAUCCAAGCUGACUGAGCUGCAGCACACGACCAAACUCGUGCAACAGUUGGAGAAUGUCGAGGCGGAGUACGAAACUAUCAUCAAUAAGCUGCCCCGUGAUUGCAGCCAAAUCGAGCAAAUGAAAACUCUAGGGGAAACGGGCCAGAGCGGCGAAGGAAACCUCUAUCUGAUUGCCCCGGCUGGGCAGCAUCAUCCCCUGAUGACGCAAUGCUUUAACGAGUGGACCACCAUCCAGCGGCGCCAGGACGGCUCGGUUGACUUCAAUCGAUCCUGGGAAGAUUACGCGAACGGUUUCGGAUCUCCGGCCGGGGAGUUCUGGAUCGGCAACCAGGCGCUGCAUCAUCUUACCAACGACAAUUGUUCAAUGUUACGGAUUGUGAUGCAGGAUAUCUAUGACAAUACCUGGUUUGCCGACUACGACGCAUUCAGAAUUGGCUCCAGAGAGGAUGGGUUCCGGUUGGAACUGGCCGGUUACGACGGAAACGCUUCGGAUGCUUUCGAGUACCAGAACCACAUGCAAUUUUCUGCUAUCGACGUCGAUCGGGAUAUCUCUAACACCCAUUGUGCGGGCAAUUACGAAGGGGGCUGGUGGUUUUCCCACUGUCAGCAUGCCAAUCUAAACGGGCGGUACAAUCUGGGCCUGACUUGGUUCGAUGCUUCCCGCAACGAGUGGAUAGCGGUCAAGUCAAGCCAUAUGAUGAUUGCCCGAAGGCCAGAAUGUAGCUUGGUAGACAACGAGGAGGGCGAUAUUCGUGGCCUGGAGAGUCCGGUUAUUGCGGAACCAUUUUCUUCCGCGCCAACGAUGGCCAUCUCGAAAUACGAAACCACCCUACUAACCACAUUAUCGUCCGGUUCCAGAGCCGGAACCGGAGUCUAG